AAAAACUCCACCGUUUCUCCUCCAGCCAACCGCGCGAGCGCGCGCUGGGGUCUUCCUCGUUUUUUUUUAGUUUCUUUUCCCUCCAGCGCCGGCCAUGUCGGAGGAGCCGGAGGGGGCCGCGGCCGUGGACGGCGGUGGUGGGGAGGUGAAGAAGGCGGGGGCCAGAGGGCGGGGGAAGGGGGCGGCGAGGGGCCGGGGGCGGGGGAGGAGGCGGGGCGGCGGCGGCGGCGGCGACAGGUCCGUCGCGGCGCCGGCGAUGGACGGGGUGGUGGUUGGGGACAGGGUGCUCCGGGAGAGGCGGCACCCGCCCAACGUCUACUGCGAGCGCGACGUCGGAGACGAUGAGGAUGCUCCCAAUAACCAAGUCAAGCCCCAGAGGGCCAAGACAAGUGAUGCUGGCAAGAAGAAGGGGCCUAGAAAAGCCGAAGUAGAGCAACUGGAUAGCAAGGCCCACUUCCCCAAUGGCAAAAGCCACAGUAAAAUGAAUGGGGAUGGUGAGGUUUUACAGAGCACAAAGAAGCGGAAGUACAGGGAUGCCGGGAAGGUUUCUGGCACAAAAUUGCUGAAGAGAGAGGAUGAAGAACAGAAGGUCUCUUGCUCCAUGCAUGGUAAUUAUGAUGAAAAUAACAUGAAAGUGAAGAAGAUGUUGAAAGGGAAAGAUGCCCUAAUGUGCCACCAGUGCCAGAGGAAUGAUAAAGGGAGGGUGGUCAGGUGUAGUUCAUGCAUGAAUAAGCGCUUCUGUGUGCCCUGCAUUGAACGGUGGUACCCUGAUAUGUCAGAAGAUGAGUUUAAUGCAAAAUGCCCAUAUUGCUGCAAGAACUGUAAUUGCAAGGGAUGCCUACGAAUGCGAGGAGUUGAAGAGCCUCCAAAAAAGAAAAUUUCUGAAGAAAAUCAAAUCCGUUAUGCUUGUCAUGUUUUGCGCUUGUUGCUUCCCUGGCUGAGAAAACUGUGGCAGGAGCAGAUGGAGGAAAAAGAAUUUGAGGCUAAAAUAAAAGGUGUUUCAGUGGACAAAGUGCAGUUGGAACAAGCUGAAUGUAAUCUAGAUGAGCGUGUUUACUGCAAUAAUUGUAGAACUUCUAUAGUUGAUUUUCAUAGAAGCUGCAAAUGCUGUUUUUAUGAUUUGUGCCUUGCAUGCUGCUGGGAGAUGCGCAAAGGAGAGGUUCCUGGAGGAGAAGAGGUACAGAACAUCGAGCCUGAAAAGAGAAGCAGGGAUUAUGUUUUCGGAACUACUCCUACGUCAAAGGCCCCAAAUGCUGAGCCUUGCAAUGGCAUAGAUGCUAGAGAGGACCCAAAUAACCCUCUGCUACUGUGGAAAGCAAAGAGUGAUGGUAGCAUAACUUGCCCACCAAAUAAGCUAGGAGGUUGUGGUGGUUCGCUUUUGGACCUCAAAUGCUUGCUUCCAGAGAAAAUGCUUUCUGAGCUAGAAGAAAAGGCUAACAGAAUUGUUAGGAGUGAAAUGUUUGCAAAAGCAGUAGCCAGAAGCAGUGGUCAGUGCCCUUGCUAUGAUCAUUCAGGAAACAUAAGAGCUCAGGAUGUGCGAGAGGCUGCAAAUAGGAAAGGCUUGAGUGAUAACCACCUCUAUUGUCCAGUUGCCACCAGUAUCACGGAGGAUGACUUGGAGCACUUUCAGGUGCAUUGGGCAAGGGGUGAACCUGUAAUUGUUUCUGACACCCUACAGUUAACCUCUGGCCUCAGUUGGGAGCCAUUAGUUAUGUGGCGUGCACUGCGAGAAAAAAAGACCAAUGGCAAAGUAGAAGAUGAGCACUUCGCUGUCAGGGCAAUAGAUUGCCUUGAUUGGAAUGAGGUGGAAAUUAAUAUACACAUGUUUUUUGUGGGAUAUACGCAAGGCAGAACUCAUCCCAGGCCACAUUGGCCUGAGAUGCUUAAGCUAAAGGACUGGCCGCCAUCUAGUUCAUUUGAUCAGAGAUUGCCUCGCCAUGGUGCUGAGUUUAUCAGCGCAUUGCCAUUUCCUGAGUACACUGAUCCUCGAUAUGGUCCACUAAAUCUUGCAGUCAAGCUUCCUAAUGGUGCCCUGAAGCCAGAUCUUGGACCCAAAACUUACAUUGCUUAUGGAUUUAAACAAGAGUUAGGCAGGGGUGAUUCUGUGACCAAGCUUCACUGUGACAUGUCUGAUGCGGUAAAUAUUUUAACACACACAGCAGAAGUACCCUACGAGACUUAUCCACUUAAGGAGAUAGAGAAGACCAGAAAGAAAAUGAAAGAACAAGAUCUUCAGGAAUUUUAUGGCGUUUCAGAACACAACCUAUCACAAAUUUCUACUAAUUCCAAGAAUGUAACUAUGGAUGAAACAUCAAAGACCUCAUGUAAUGAUAGUAUCUGUAAAGCUAUUUCUGAUGGUCUGGACAACAAUGCUGUAACACCUAUUGAUAGUGAAGGUGAUGUUAGGGAUAAACAUCCAUCUCAUGGAUCUAAGGUACAAAGCAAGGCAGCACAGUGUUCCAAUUACAUUGGCAGUGGUAGUUCAGCAAUGAUGCAUAAUGGAGCUCAUUGUAUUUCGGACAAUAUGGAGAGUGGAGAGCACGAGAGAACUGGUGGUGCCUUGUGGGAUAUUUUCCGAAGAGAGGAUUCUGACAAGCUACAAGAUUACCUUAAGAAACACGCCUCGGAAUUCAGGCACCUCCAUUGCAAUCCUGUGAAGCAGGUUAUUCACCCAAUUCAUGAUCAAACUUUUUACUUAACUGAGGAACAUAAGAGAAAGCUAAAGGAAGAAUAUGGUGUGGAACCCUGGACGUUUGAGCAGAAGCUUGGUGAAGCGGUUUUCAUUCCUGCUGGAUGUCCUCACCAAGUCCGAAACUUGAAGUCUUGCAUCAAGGUCGCAAUGGACUUUGUUUCCCCUGAAAAUGUGGACGAGUGUAUUAAACUGACUGGAGAGUUCAGACGACUUCCAUCUCAUCACAGGGCUAAAGAAGACAAAUUGGAGAUUAAGAAGAUUGCUCUUUAUGCUCUGAACGAAGUUAUAAAUUUCUUGGAUCCUCCCUCUGACGGAUCGAGGAAUGAGGCUGGUCAGUCUGCCAUUGAAUCUGCUGAUGAGAAGAAGCCUAAAAGCCGGGGUGGUCGCCGAAGGGGUAAGGUGAAGAGGGAAGACAAGUCCAACAAUGACGCUGCUGGCCAGAAGAAGCCUAAAAGGAAGCGCGGUCGCCCAAGAGGUGAGACAAAGAGUGCUGGUGAGAAGAAGCCUAAAGGGAAGCGCGGUCGCCCAAGAGGGGAGACAAAGAGUGAAGACAAGUCCAACUACGAUGCUGCUGAUGAGAAGCCUCCUAAAAGGCGGAGGGGUCGCCCGAAAGUCUCUGGCAACCCCAGGUGAUUGACCUGUUCGCUUCUAACAGGGUAGUUGUGGUUGCUGAGGCUGUACUGAACGACCUGUUGGUAGUCAUUUUGGAAGAAAGUGGUAGUGUAGGCCACUGAGGCAUAGCCGCGUAGGCCACCACUAGACGCCAUUGUGGCGUCUGUCUUUUGUUCAUAUGUGGUGAUUGCCGGCUGACAUCUUGGAAGAACCAUGUUAGAUGCCCGUAGUACAAGACUCUUCAUGUAGUGGGCUAUGGCGGUAGGCUGUUCAGCAAACGUAUGCUGCUGAUAUUCUAGUAGUAAUUGAUCUGAAUGGAUGUGGUCCGAGUUUGACCUGUACUAGUACUCUAGAGCCAUGGUGUGUAUAUCCAGUCCAUGGAAUGAAGCUUCUUUAGCUGACGAAUGCAA